UUAGAAAAUGCAAUGUCAAAGAGGUAUUAUCAAGAUGCUCAAAUGAUGGACUUCGAGUCAACAAAUAACCAAUUUGAUGGAAGAGCAAAGGAGUUGGAGUUAAAAGAUAAGCAGCUUGAAGGCCGAGUGAAGGAGUUUGAAUCAAAAUAGGAGGAAUUUGAAGGUCGUGUGAAGGAGUUUGAAUUAAAGCAGGAGGAAUUUAAAGGCCAGCUGAAGGAACUUGAAAUAAAAAAGAAGCAUUUUGAAAGCAAAGUGAAGGAGCUCGAAUCAAUAGAGAAGCUAUUUGAAAGACUAGUAAAUGAGCUUGAAUUAGAAAAGAAGUAUUGUGAAUACCAAAAAACGAAGGAGAUCUAUUGAAAAGAGCUGGUGAAGGAGUUUAAAUCUAAAGAGGAGAGAUUUCAAGGGCAAGUAAAGGAGCUGGAAUCCAAAAAGAAGCAUCUUGAAGGUCGGGUAAUGGAGUUUAAUUCUAAAGAGGAGAAAUUUCAAGGGCAAGUAAAGGAGCUGGAAUCGAAAAAGAAGCAUCUUGAAAAGCAAGUGAAUGAACUCAGAUCAAAAGAGCAACAGCUUGAAGCUCGAGUAAAAGAAUUUGAAAUAAAAGAGCACGAAUUUAAAGGCCAAUUGAAGGAGCUUGAAUCAGAUAAGAAGCAUUUCGAAAGUCAAUUAAAGGAUCUCAACUUAAAAGAAUAUCAACUUGAAUGCCGAGUGAAGGAGUUUGAAUCAAAAGAGAUAAACUUUGAUGAAGAGGUGAAGAAGCUCGCUACAAAAAUGAAUGAUUUUGAAAGCGAAGAGAAAGAGCUCGGAUCAAAAUUGAAUCAAUAUCAAGGACAAGUGAAGGAGUUUCAAUCAAAGGAGAAGGUAUUUAAAAGCCAAGUGAGAGAGUUUGAAUCAAAAGAGAAGGACUUUCAAGACCGAGUAAGGGAGUUUGAAUCAAAAUAACAGGAAUUUAAAUGCCGAGUGAGAGAGUUUGAACUGAUUCAGUUGGAACUGCAAGUGAAAGAGCUGAAGUCCAAAGGGAAUCAAUUUGAAAGACAACUGAAGGAACUUGACUUAAGAGACAAUCAAUAUGAAACAUUAAUAAAAUCAUUUGAAGAGGAAAUGG